GUCGAACUUUACGGUCGUAGGAGGUAAAUAGUGAAAAACAAAUGUCUUAAGAAGAAUUUUUCCCCUCUCAUAAUCCACACAAAUCUUGCCAGGGAGAGGAUUUAUAAAAACAUAUGGACGCUGUAGCAGUAUUAUGUGUGCACUGUAACAACAAUAAAAUACAUUGCUUAAUAUUAUAUUAUUUUACUGAUCGCGAGAGGUGUUAUACAAGGUCUUCGGGAAAGAAUCCUGACAACGGGCGUACCGUAUUACCAUUUACCUACUGCGAAUAGUAGUAUAUUUUAUUUUUGUAUACAGUAGUUUAAUUAUACUCUCCAGUUUCAUGAAACGGUUUUAGUAGGACGGAUACUACGGUUUCAUAUUAUUUUUGGUUAUGUAAAUUUAUCAAAAUGUUCGACAAUUUGGUAUAAUAUUACCAGCUUUAUUGAAAUAACGGAGUAACUAUCAUUUUUACGUCGCAGUGAAUUGUGCACUCUGUCUUAUUAACUAUUAAUAAUAAUAUAAUAAUAUACUAAGCUUUUCGUUUAUCAUUCGUGCACACGUGCGAUCUGUUGAAAAUGGACAACACCACUGUCACCACCGCUAUAAAUGAACCGGAAGCUGGAUCACUGUUAAACGCAUCCGACCGUACGAGUGACCAGAAUAAAUAUAAACGAAUAUUAUCACAGGUAAGUGCGAUGACCGCUCAGAGUUUAUUAAUGUUGGAUUUGGGAAUGAUGAUAGCCGUUCCUACAAUUGUCAUUGGCGCACUACACAAUGCAAAAGAAGACCUUUCGCUGGACGAUGAUCAGUCCUCGUGGCUAGGUAGCAUAAUGUUGCUGUGCCAACCCCUAGGCUGCGUGAUUUCGGGCUGUUUGCAAGGUGUGCUCGGCCGAAAACAAAGCAUGCUACUGGUCAACUUGCCCCACCUGGCCGCUUGGUACCUACUAUAUGCGGCCACGUCCCGGUGGAUGCUGUACACGGCCUCGAUAAUUAUGGGUAUAGGAAUUGGAUUUUUAGAGGCACCCAUGAUGUCGUACAUCGGUGAGAUCAGCGAACCGGAAAUCCGGGGAAUGUUGUCAACAUUUACCAACUCUGUCGUCGUCCUGGGACACCUGCUAGAGUUUGUUCUUGGGUGUAUGUUUUCGUGGAGAGUAACUAUGCUCGUUAGCUGUCUGGUGCCUGUGGUUGCUACCAUCUCUAUAUCGCUGAUUCCAGAAUCACCCAUCUGGUUAUUGAUGAAGGGAAGGAGAGACGAGGCAUUGUCGUCGUUAAGAUGGCUACGGGGGUGGGUUUCCGCCGAAGAUGUGAGAGAAGAAUUUCACGAACUCGAACUGUAUUGUCAGGCGUCCAAAAAUGAGUUCAAAAGUUUUUUGGAAGCCAAGAUCAAAAAAUCGUCCAGAUACACCGGACUACCGGACAGCGAAUUUGCAACACAAAGUAAACCCAGCAUCGCUAACGUAAUUAGAGACUUUCUGCGUCCCGGAAUCCUAAUACCACUACGUCUGGUAGUAAUCUCCUUUUUCUUUUACCAUGCAGCGUCGCUGACAGCCAUGCGACCGUACAUGAUAGAAAUUUUCACCCGACUGGAAGUACCCUUGACGCCAAAAACAUUAACCGUCAUAUCAGCAGUGCUACAGGGGACAGGAGCAAUGACAUGCAUUUGUCUGUUGCGGGUGGUCGGUAAAAGAGUUUUGUUUUUGGUCUCAAUGACGAGUUGUGCGCUAUGCUGUCUGUUGUUGGGUGCCUACACAUAUUCCAUAACACAGCACCAGUGGUCAUCCAUACCGACGAUACCAUUGUUGCUGUUUUGCACGCUGUACUUUUCCAUAAACUUAGGUGUCAGUCCCAUACCAUGGUUGCUAGUCAGCGAAGUAUUUCCAACCAGAGGACGAGAAAUGGCCACCGGAAUGUGCGCAGUAUCUUUUUACAUCUUCGCGUUCCUAGCAUCGAAGACCUGGUUAAAUCUUCAGAGCUUAGUUGAAUUAUAUGGAUGUUUUUUAUUCUACGGGAUACUAGCCGUCAUUGGAAUUAUAUAUAUAUUCAUUUGUUUGCCAGAAACUGAAGGUAAAACGCUAGCUGAAAUUGAAGAAGAUUUUGCGAGAAAAAAACGUCAGAUAAGUUAAAAUAAAAAAAUCAGCGUAAUGAUAAAACAUCACAUUAACGUAUAGACGUAUAGACGUCACAAGCGUACAAGUGUUUUGUAAAUAUAAUUUUAACCUUCUCUACUAAUACAAAUAAAAUACUUUAAUAUAUAUUACCACCUACGGCAAAUUUAGUUGACAAAAUGUAACAUAUAAAAUAACAUAUCGAGUUUAUAAUUUUAUUAUUUAUAAGAAUAAUAUUACAAAAUUGACAAGU